UAAGUUCCCAUUUGGGGGUUUCGUUCCAGACUAGGGGUUAGCCUUUCUCUUUCUCUCUCUAAACGACUCGCCGCUGUGCUGACAGAGACUUUCCCUACUUGUUCUCCGGCAACUCUUCGACCAGGUGUCUGUUGAGCCAUUGAGGAAUAAAAACAGGAUAAUGGAUCACCAUGAGGAUGACUGCCGUGUUGGAGGUGACCAUCAUGGAAAGCAAGAUGGCGAGGAAGCCGUUGCUCGUCUAGAGGAAUUUAAGAAAUCAAUGGAAGCAAAAAUGGCCCUUCGUCGGACUAAUUUGAACCCUGAAAGGCCUGACUCUGGUUUCCUGAGGACAUUGGACUCCAGCAUUAAGCGCAACACAGCAGUUAUUAAAAAACUCAAGCAGAUAAAUGAAGAGCAGCGAGAAGGGUUGAUGGAUGACUUGCGAGGUGUCAAUCUAAGCAAAUUUGUUAGUGAAGCAGUGACUGCUAUUUGUGAUGCCAAGCUUAAAACUUCAGAUAUACAAGCAGCAGUUCAGAUCUGCUCUUUGCUUCAUCAAAGGUACAAAGACUUCUCGCCAAGCCUGAUUCAAGGCCUCUUGAAAGUUUUCUUUCCUGGAAAAUCCGGGGACGAGUUGGACCUGGAUAGAAACUUGAAAGCCAUGAAGAAGCGCAGCACUCUGAAACUUCUUUUGGAGCUUUACUUUGUUGGAGUUGUAGAAGAUAGUGGCAUUUUCAUUAAUAUCAUUAAGGAUCUUACUAGUAUAGAACACUUGAAGGACCGUGAUACAACUCAGACAAACUUGUCUCUUCUGGCUAGUUUUGCUCGACAAGGGAGAAUUUUCCUAGGCUUUCCACUGUCUGGGCAAGAAAUUCAUGAAGAGUUUUUUAAGGGCCUUAACAUCACAGCAGAUCAUAAGAAAAUCUUCAGGAAGGCAUUUCAUACUUAUUAUGAUGCUGCUGCUGAGCUACUUCAGGCUGAGCAUACAUCACUUCGCCAAAUGGAGCAUGAAAACGCAAAAAUUCUAAAUGCCAAAGGGGAGCUUAGUGAUGAAAAUGUUUCUUCAUAUGAGAAGCUGCGGAAGUCUUAUGACCAUUUGUAUCGUGGUGUCUCAUCCCUAGCUGAAGCACUUGAUAUGCAACCUCCGGUGAUGCCAGAGGAUGGUCACACAACUAGAGUCACAUCUGGAGAAGAUGUCUCUUCUCCUGCUGCAAAAGAAUCUUCUGCUCUUGAAGCAGUGUGGGAUGAUGAAGAUACAAGGGCUUUCUAUGAAUGCUUACCAGAUCUCAGAGCAUUUGUUCCUGCUGUACUAUUGGGAGAAGCAGAGCCCAAAGUGAAUGAGCAAUCUGCAAAGACACAAGAGCAACCAACUGAUCUGGCACCUGAAGCAGACCAAAGUCAAUCAGUCACCCAAGAUGCUGCAGAGAUCUCUGUCGACUCCUGUUCUCCACGGGAGGGGAGAAGCAAUGAGAAGGGGAAGGAUAAAGAAGAAAAAGAGAAAGAAAAGAGCAAAGAUCCAGACAAAGAAAAAGGGAAAGAAAGAGAUGCUGACAGAAAAGGAGAAAAUGAAAAGGAGAAACUGAAAGGUCUUGAAGGGACGAAUUUGGACGGUCUAUUGCAGAGGCUCCCGGGUUGCGUGAGCCGUGACCUUAUUGAUCAAUUGACUGUAGAUUUUUGUUAUUUAAAUUCAAAGUCAAAUCGAAAAAGGCUAGUUAGGGCAUUGUUUAAUGUCCCCAGAACUUCUCUAGAACUGCUACCAUACUACUCACGCAUGGUAGCCACACUGUCAACAUGUAUGAAGGAUGUCUCUUCAAUGCUCUUACAAUUGUUGGAGGAGGAGUUCAACUUCUUGAUAAAUAAGAAGGAUCAAAUGAACAUUGAAACAAAGAUCAGGAAUAUUAGAUUCCUUGGAGAACUCUGCAAGUUUAGAAUUGCACCAGCUGGCCUUGUUUUUAGUUGUUUGAAGGCUUGUUUAGAUGAUUUUACUCAUCAUAACAUUGACGUUGCUUGCAAUCUUCUUGAGACAUGUGGCCGUUUUCUGUAUCGUUCUCCGGAAACUACUGUACGUAUGGCUAACAUGUUGGAGAUAUUGAUGCGCUUGAAGAAUGUAAAAAAUUUGGAUCCUCGUCACAGCACUCUUGUAGAAAAUGCUUAUUACUUGUGCAAACCUCCUGAAAGAUCUGCACGAGUUUCCAAAGUCCGUCCACCACUGCACCAGUAUAUCAGAAAAUUGCUUUUCUCGGAUCUUGAUAAGUCUUCCAUUGAGCAUGUGCUGAGACAACUUCGUAAAUUACCAUGGAGUGAAUGUGAGCCCUACCUUUUGAAAUGCUUUAUGAAGGUUCAUAGGGGCAAGUAUGGCCAGAUUCACUUGAUUGCCUCUCUUACUUCUGGUCUGAGCCGCUAUCAUGAUGACUUUGCAGUUUCUGUUGUUGAUGAGGUUCUGGAAGAGAUUAGACUGGGGCUAGAGUUGAAUGACUAUGGGAUGCAGCAGCGACGCAUUGCCCACAUGAGAUUCUUGGGAGAGCUUUAUAAUUAUGAACACGUGGAUUCAUCUGUUAUCUUUGAUACUCUCUAUUUGAUUCUUGCUUUUGGCCAUGAGACAGCAGAGCAAGAUGUACUGGAUCCACCAGAAGAUUGUUUCCGCAUUAGGAUGGUUAUUACCCUUCUUGAGACCUGUGGGCACUACUUUGACCGGGGUUCUUCUAAGAGGAAACUUGAUAGAUUUUUAAUACAUUUCCAGAGAUAUAUUCUCAGCAAAGGUUCACUACCGCUAGAUAUUGAAUUUGACUUGCAGGACUUAUUCGCAGAUUUACGUCCCAACAUGACACGUUACUUAUCCAUUGAAGAAGUUAGUGCAGCUCUAAUAGAGCUUGAGGAGCAUGAACGUACAUUCACAACUGACAAGGCCAACAGUGAGAAGUAUUCAGACACUGAAAAGCCUUCAAGCAGGACUACUUCCAAUACCAGCUCAGCGAAUGGACAAAGCCCUGCAAAUGGUGUUGAGGAGAAUGGUGGAGCACAUGAGGAUGUCAUAGGUGAGAGUGACAGCGACUCAGGGAGUGGCACCAUUGACCCAGAAGGACAUGACGAAGAAGAGGAGUUGGAUGAAGAGAAUCAUGAUGAUGGAUGCGACAGCGAAGAUGAUGAAGACGAUGGGGGUGGACCUGCAUCCGAUGAGGAUGAUGAAGUCCAUGUCAGACAGAAGGUGGCAGAGGUGGACCCUCAGGAAGAAGCCGAUUUUGAUCGGGAGCUCAAGGCUUUAUUGCAGGAGAGCUUAGAUUCACGCAAGCUUGAGCUGCGGGCCCGGCCUACACUAAACAUGAUGAUACCAAUGAAUGUUUUUGAGGGGUCAACCAAGGAUCAUCAUGGACGGGGGGUUGAGGGGGAAAGCGGGGAUGAGAUAUUGGAUGAAGAGGCUGGGGGAAGCAAGGAGGUCAGGGUGAAAGUUCUUGUAAAGCGUGGGAACAAGCAACAGACAAAGCAGAUGUUCAUUCCUCGGGAUUGCUCGCUUGUGCAGAGCACAAAACAGAAAGAAGCAGCUGAGCUUGAAGAGAAACAAGACAUUAAGAGGUUGAUCUUGGAGUAUAAUGAUAGGGAAGAAGAGGAGCUUAAUGGGGUGGGAACCCAGACGAUGAGCUGGACGCCAAGUGGAGGCAGUAGAGUUUCCCGAGGUAGCUCAUGGGAAGGGGGGAGAACAUCUGGAGCACGUCAUCGGCAUCAUCAGAACUAUUCCGGUGGUGGAUUUUAUUAUGGCAGAAGAAAGUGAGCAUUUUGACUUAGGAAAAGGCUAGAACUACAGCAUCUUUUAUCCAGGGUACAUACCUCAGUUGCCAAAUUGGUAUCUUGUUCCUUGCGAUCCAUGCUAUGCAAAAAUCGCAAAUUUUAUGAGAUAUUUGCAUCUGCAGAGAGGAGGUCUCAUCAACGUCUUUUAGCACAGAGAUCACCUCUUAUCUUUUUCCCUGACAAAUUGAUUGGUGAGGUUUAUAUCAGAGAUUCCGGCCCGGGUCUUGUUAGAAACUAGUGUUUCGGGGAAGUGAAAUCAUAUCCAGGGUGUCAAUAUAUGAAAGACAGGAUGGUGAUUUUGAAGUAUACUCAAUAGGACUGUACUGUCAUUUAACUUCUCAUCUGGACUAUAUCUUGGUGUUUGUCUUUGUAUAUUCAUCUGUGUGGAAGGUGGUUUGAUGCAAUACUUCCUCUGCUUCGCUUUUACCUGUAUAUUGAAGUUAAUGAGAAAGCAAAUUAAAGCAUGAGUAUAUUUCCCCUUUGUGUU